UGAGGCUCUAGUAAUUACCACAUCAGAGUUGGUUCAGAGAAAGCAGAUCAUGGCCAAAAGGGCAAACUACCUGUACAUUCUAAUGAAGGAUGUGUAUGGAGAGAAGGCUCCAGGGAAGAUCAUGUCUGUCCUAGCAGGUUCAAAACCUGUUCAAGUGUUACAAGGUGAACUGCUUACUCAAAUUCACCAUAGAGAGUUGGUACAGCGCAAUGAUGGAAGACCUCCUCACAACUUUUGCUCCACAAAAGACCCCAGUGUCACACUGUAUGGUGGUCAGGACGAUUACUAUGUGUUUCCACUGAAUAGCAGAGAUCUACAGCUUUUGGGAGCUAUUGAGAAGCCUUGUGAUCGAUUUGCUGUGUUCUCUGAGGACAGUAAGCUGGAAUGGGGCAGCAGACUGAAGAGAGGUGACCAGGUAUAUGUGAGGCUCCCUGGUGAUAAAACAAGUGCACCUACCUGGUCUGAUGGUGUAGUGAGACAUGCUGGACCUGUGGAAUCAUUACCAGGGAGGAACUUUGGAGUGGAGAUUACAGAUUCUCGUUACCUUGGAAAAGGCAUCAGUAAUGGUUUCUUUGGGGGAUACAGAUAUUUUGACUGUGAUCAAGACUGUGGUCUCUUUGUGUCUCUGGAUAAGCUUGCUGCUAAACCACCUCACCAAGUGCCCCAUGGCUCCACACGUCAGCAGCUAAAGAGCUCUUCUUCAUCAGGGGUCAACUCUUCUACCCACGGGUCACCUAUCGAUAAGCCCCCUACAUGUAUGUUCAAGAUCAACGAUCGUGUGGUGGUCUACAACAGGAAGAAUGUAGCCAUGCAUGGAACUGUUCGCUGGACUGGUAGAGAUGUACAGACUAGAACACUGGACACCAACCACAUAGGGAUUGAAACAGAUUGGACUGUUGCCACUAAUCUUUUCCCUAAAGCACUAACGGGAAUAACUCACUUAUUUAAGGCUGCACCUGGUCACUAUUUAGUGGUCCCUGAGGACUUUGUGUUCAAAGAAGAGUUGACCAACACUCGCACACCCCCAGCUCGAGCUGUCGACCUUUCAGACCCAGCAGCUGCUGCACGUGAGGAGGGCAUGACUGAGCGACAGUUUUUGGCAGAGCAGGAAAAAGUUUUAAAGGCUGCUAAAGAGGCUAAGAUAGAGGAGGCCAGAAAAGAAGCUGCUGCUAGAAAUGAGAAAAGAGGAAAUACUUCAAAUCCAGAACUCAGAGAAGUAAAGGGUGCACUUGCACUUGAUGAGAGCGCCACUCAGCAAGAGGCAAUGAAACUUUUUGAAGAAGCAAAAAAGAAAGAGCAAGACCUCGCUAAUCAAUAUGAACAAGGAAGAGAAAAUCUAAUUCAGAAACAACAUUCAUGGCAUCCUGGAAGUGAUCCCACGUAUGAGACCAUACCAUGUCACAGUCAGAAUGAAGGAGCUACUGCAAAUUCAGUCGAUCAUGAGAGGGCCCAUCAGCAACAAGGGAGAGCUGGAGAUUACCCAUCACAAACUUAUCCCCCUCCUGGAGUUUAUGUCGAUCCAUCUGACAGCCAUCACUCUGAGGAUCAUCCACCACUCAACUAUGACAACAUGCCUGGGGCUGGCAACAAGCAGUCUACUGUGGUAGCCAUAGCUACCAAGCAUCAGUUUGUUGUGGGCUCUCGAGUUGAGUUUUCUGACCCACCUCGAUACGGUGAGAUUCGCUGGAUGGGCAACUUCCCUCAAGUCAAUGGACUGAUUGCUGGACUGGAGUUGGAGGAGGAUAUGGAGGGCUGUACUGAUGGUACCUGGCAGGGGAUAAGGUUGUUUUUUUGCAAGUACGGCCAAGGAUUAUUCUGCCCUGUCACAGCACUUCAUCCUGACCAGCGUGGAUCUGCCCCCUCACAAUUUGCUGGCAAUACUCCUCCAAUCCAGAGGGAGCCGAGACAGCUACCACCAUUACCACGCCCUGCUGCUCCUGUGGACGUCUCCAUGGGCUCUGCUGUUCAGUUCGGUUGCUCUCAAAACCCCUGGUACGGAAUUGUGAGGUGGAUUGGGAACCUCCCUGGCGAUCAGGAGCUACUGGCAGGGAUUGAGCUGGAGGAGUAUGCUGAUCGUUGUGGAGAUGGAGAGUUGAAUGGUGUCCGUUACUUCCAAUGUGGUUAUGGCAAAGCAACCUUCUAUCCAGUGGCUCGUCUCCUAUCUGACCAGAGAUAUGCUGACUCAGCACCUGCUCAUGGAUUCCCAGCACAAGCUGGCAUUAACCCUCUACAAGUGCCAUUCGAAGAGAACGUUGAUCAAACAACAGUGCCAUCCCCACGCCACUACGUGGGUGAUCAGAAGGGUAUCCAGGGAAACCAGAACUCUUGCUACCUGGACUCCACUCUCUUUGGAUUAUUUGCCCUCAGCAAUAUCUUUGAUGACAUGUUCCUGGAAGAUAGUUACAGCACUAGUACUACUGACAUCAACAGACAGGCCAUCAGUAACAUGCUCUGGAAGGGAAUCGUCAACCCUCUCAGAAAGAAUGGUGUGGUGAGGUUUGAAUCAGUUAUGAAGAUGAGAAACAAGAUGGAUGAGCUGGGGAAGAUUGAGAAGGAGAAAGAUCCUGAGGAGUUUCUGAACAUGCUGUUUAAGCACGUACUACACGCAAGGCCAUUCAUCUCCAUCAGACGUCCGUUUGGUGUGGAGCAAGAGUUCUUUGUCCAACUGUUUGUGGAGCCAGAUCCUAACCUCAGACUACCCACUGUAGGGAUGCUCAUUACCAUGAUGUUCAAGGAGCAAAAUAUCUCAUUUACCAAGAUCCCAUCGAAAUUUCUCGUUCAAGUGCCACGAUUUGGAAGGGAGUUCAAAACUUACCCAAAAAUUGUGCCUGAUUUGAAGCUGAAAAUUGCAGAGAUCACAGACUCAGGUAAAACUUGUAUGUUCUGUGGAGAGCCGUCUCAAUACAAGUGUUCCGAGUGUGUGAAUGAGGAUGCUGCCAGUAGCUAUGUGUAUUACUGUGUCACUUGCUGUCCACUGGCCCACAAGAAGGAUAAGAGAAAACAGCACAAGCCAGAGCCUGCAUUGAACAGCAAUAAUGAUAUCUACAAGUUGGACCUCCUCUCUGUGAUCUGCAUUGAGACCAGUCACUACGUCUGCUUCACUAGAGACCUUCACACAAACACAUGGCUCUUCUUUGACAGCAUGGCCAACAGAGUCUUUGACACAUACAACAUUCCACGUGUGACUGACUGCACUCGUGAGCUGAAUGAGUGGGUGUAUGAGGGAGACCAGGACAGGUUGAUCAAUACACCACCAAGAGAGCUACCAGAGUUGGUCCGACGAUUCACUCAAGAUACCUACAUGUGUGUCUAUGUUCAGCCUGAUGUUGCUAUGUAUGGAGAUGGUGACGAGGAGGAUUAUCUGAGUCCAGUCAGAGAGCCUUACUCCAUUGUUAGUGAAGGUGUUGUCCCAACAGUACCCAAGCCAAUGGAGAGCAAAGAUGAUGUCAUAGAGGAGCUUAAACAAGAAAACACUUCUCUUCAGGCAGAAAACAGAAAUCUUCAACAGAGAAUCGAAACCAAUCAGGCCGAGCAGUCUCAACUAUUUGAAGCUGAAAAGCAACAGUUGUUACAACGAUACAAUGAGCGAGAACGUACCACCUCUCAAGAAAUGGCCGAGAAAGAAGAGCAAAUACAACUUCACAAAAUGGAAAAGCACCAAUUAGAUAACAAAAAGCGCCAGCUAGAAAGGCAAAAGCAACACCUUGAAGCUCAAUCACAGCGCUACCAACAACAGGCUCAGAACUUGCAACGAAGGCUAGAAGUGGCAGAAAGCAAAACAAAUCAGUCAAAGUUUUCUAAACUCCAAAUUCCGCGACUAGACCAAGACUCGUGGAAUGUACGAAGACAAGAAGUUGUGUUACAAGACAACCUAGGACAUGGUGCUUGGGGAUCAGUGUGUCGAGGGUUGUUUCGUGGUCAGCAAGAGGAGUUUCUGAACAUGCUCUUCAAACACAUGCUACACACGAGGCCAUUCAUCUCCAUUAGACGUCCGUUUGGUGUGGAGCAAGAGUUCUUUGUCGAACUGUUUGUGGAGCCAGAUCCAAACCUCAAACUACCCACUGUGGGGGUAGUCAUUACCAUGAUGUUCAAGGAGCAAAAUAUAUCAUUUACCAAGAUCCCAUCGAAAUUUCUCGUUCAAGUGCCACAAUUUGGAAGGGAGUUCAAAAUUUACCAAAAAAUUGUACCCGACUUGAAGCUGAACAUUGCAGAGAUCACAGACUCAGGCAAAACCCCUCCUUGUAUGAUCUGUGGAGAGCUGUCCCAAUACAAGUGUUCCAAGUGUGUGAAUGAGCAUAAUGUCAGUGGCUAUGUGUAUUACUGUACCACUUGCUGCCCACUGGCCCAUAAGAAGGAUGAGAGAAAACAGCACAAGCCAGAGCCUGCACUGAUCAACAAUAAUGAGCUGUACAAGUUGGACCUCCUCUCUGUGAUCUGCAUUGAGACCAGUCACUACGUCUGCUUCACUAGAGACCUCAACACAAACACAUGGCUCUUCUUUGACAGCAUGGCCAACAGAGUCUAUGACACAUACAACAUUCCACGUGUGACUGACUGCACUCGUGAGCUGAAUGAGUGGGUGUAUGAGGGAGACCAGGACAGGUUGAUCAACACACCACCAAGAGAGCUACCUAAGUUGGUCCGACGGUUCACUCAAAACAUAUACAUGUGUGUCUAUGUUCAGCCUGAUGUCGCCAUGUACGGAGAUGCUGAAGAGUAUUGUCACAGUUCAAGUGUUGUCCCAACAGUGCUCAAGCCGAAGGAGAGCAAAGAUGAUGUCAUUGAGGAGCUUAAACAGGAAAACAGUGCUAGUCAAGAAGAAAACAGAAGUCUUCAACAAAGAAUCGACACCAAUCAGGCCGAGCAGUCUCAACAUAUCCAACUAUUGGAAGCUGAAAAGCAACAGUUGUUACGACGAUACAAUGAACGAGAACGUACCACCUCUCAAGAAAUGGCCGAGAAAGAAGAGCAAAUACAACAACAAAAAAGGAAAAAGCAACAAUCAGAUAACGAAAAGCACCAACUGGAAAGGCAAAAGCAAUACUUCCAACAGCAGGCUCAGAACUUGCAACGAAGGCUAGAGGUGGCAGAAAGCAAAACAAGUCAGUCAAAGUUUUCUAAACUUCAAAUUCCGCGACUAGACCAAGACUCGUGGAAUGUACGAAGACAAGAGGUUGUGUUACAAGACAACCUAGGACAUGGUGCUUGGGGAUCAGUGUGUCGAGGGUUGUUCCGUGGUCAGCAAGUAGCAGUAAAGUGUGCACACAAAGAAAUACUCCACGAAAACACGAUUGAUCAGCUCAAGAGAGAGAUUCGAAUCAUGGCUCAUGUUCAACACCCCAACCUGGUGCGACUGAUUGCUGCUGUAGUGGACGCUGGUGUGGAGAGAGGUACUGACUCACCUCUGCUUGUUCUGGAGCUCUUGGAUACUGACGUCCGAUCCGCUUACAAGAGGAAAAUUGUCAAUUUCCAAAAGGAUGCUUUGUUAUCGAUAUUUCGAGAGGUGGCUUAUGCCCUCCACUACCUCCACGAGCAUCAAGAGCCCAUCAUCCACCGUGAUGUGAGUGCUCCCAACGUCCUCCUCCAGCAAAUACACCCAGGAGUUUGGAAGGCAAAACUAUCCGACUUUGGAUCAGCCAAUCUGGCUAAAAGCUGCAAGACAGCAGCUCCUGGUGCCAUUGUGUAUGCUGCCCCCGAAACCUUCCCACCAUCUAAUCUGGACGAUCCCCUUCCGAAACAAACUACAAAGAUUGAUGUGUACAGUUACGGCUACCUCCUAGCUGAGGCCGUUGCCAAGGAGAUGCCUUCCCCUGAGAACAGAAGAGCAAUACUAUUAUGUAUCAAGAGUGAGUGGGAACAAGUGUACGAUAUCAUAGCAGCUUGCGUCGAGAGCCAACCAGACAAUAGACUAUCAAUGACCCAAGUACUUGAAAAACUCAAUAAGCUGCCGUCUCAGUAACUAUUGAUUUGUGCAUAGUGUAUUGAUUUUUUAGCAUUGUUGUUGUAUGUUCUUACAAUGUCAUCUCUUUGUGGUCAGAUAGACACCACUUGUACUGC